AUGGACGCCAUCGAUGUGUUGCGAGUGAAGGAUUCGGUUGAGAACCCAGACGUACACUCAGACACUGACGUGGUGAGUACUCACGCUUAUACGUCUAUUUUUGGCUCAAAUCUCACUCAAGAGGAUCUCACAAAAGAAGGCAUAUUCCGAAAGAGUGGAUCAGUUUUACGACAGUCGGAGCUCAAGGACUUGAUCUCAGCCGGGAUUACAGUGGAUCUGACGGCCAAUCGGUUUACAGUUCACGACUGCUGUAGUGUAUUGAAAAAGUUUUGCAGUGAACUCCCGGAACCACUGAUCACUGAAUCUCUGUUCCCACUCUUCAAACACAUCUCCCAAUUGAGUCGACAAUCGUUGUCUCCAAACCAUUCGCAACACAACGAUAAGAAACUGACGGCUCUUCAGCUGUUUACAACUACUGCUCGAAAACACAUCUCCCAAUUGAGUCGACAAUCGUUGUCUCCAAACCAUUCGCAACACAACGAUAAGAAACUGACGGCUCUUCAGCUGUUUGACAACAAUUACGGCCGCGGGUUGUCUGUUGAUGACGAGCUCAACAACCGUAACAAACUCUUUCACGAAGUUUUGUCACGGUGUUUAGCAUACUCAAGAGAUUCGAAUCCGUGUGAGAAGUGA